ACUCCCAGCUCCAGCUCGUCCGUUCUACGCUCGUUCUUUCACUCCCAACCAGGAAGCUGCCAUGUCUUGCCGCUCCUACCGAGUCAGCUCUGGUCACCGGGUGGGCAACUUCAGCUCUUGCUCAGCGAUGACACCGCAGAACCUGAACCGCUUCCGGGCCAGCUCCGUCUCCUGCAGGAGUGGGCCUGGCUUCCGGGGCCUUGGCAGCUUUGGUAGCCGGAGCGUCAUCACCUUUGGAUCAUACUCACCCCAGAUGGCAUCUGCAGGCCCUCGGCCCGUCCGCUGUGGAGUCGGCUUCGGUGCUGGCUGUGGGAUGGGUUUUGGUGAUGGGAGAGGUAUUGGUCUGGGGCCUGGGGCUGGCAGCUGCGUUGGCCUGGGGUUUGGAGCUGGCAGUGGCAUUGGCUAUGGCUUUGGCGGCCCUGGCUUUGGCUACAGAGUUGGAGUCCCAGCAGCCCCAUCCAUCACAGCAGUGACUGUGAACCAGAGCCUGCUGACCCCCCUCAACCUGGAGAUUGACCCCAAUGCCCAGAGGGUGAAGAAAGAUGAGAAGGAGCAAAUCAAGACCCUCAACAACAAGUUUGCCUCCUUCAUUGACAAGGUGCGUUUCCUAGAGCAGCAGAAUAAGCUCCUAGAGACCAAGUGGAGCUUCCUCCAAGAGCAGAAAUGUGUCAGGAGCAAUCUGGAGCCACUCUUCGAGAGCUACAUCACCAACCUGCGGAGGCAGUUGGAGGCGCUGGUCAGUGACCGGGCCCGGCUCCAGGCUGAGAGGAACCACCUGCAGGAUGUCCUUGAGGGCUUCAAGAAAAAGUAUGAAGAGGAGGUGGUAUGUCGGGCCAAUGCUGAGAAUGAGUUUGUGGCUCUGAAGAAGGAUGUGGAUGCAGCUUUCAUGCAAAAGUCUGAUCUCGAGGCCAAUGUGAAUACCCUAACUCAGGAAAUUGACUUUCUAAAAACCCUUUACAUGGAGGAAAUCCGGUUGCUGCAGUCGCAUAUCUCAGAGACAUCCGUCAUUGUGAAGAUGGACAACAGCCGUGACCUGAACCUUGAUGGGAUCAUCGCUGAGGUCAAGGCCCAGUAUGAGGAGGUGGCCAGGCGUAGCCGGGCUGAUGCUGAGGCCUGGUACCAGACCAAGUAUGAAGAGAUGCAGGUGACAGCUGGCCAACACUGUGACAACCUGCGCCACACACGGAACGAGAUCAAUGAACUGACCCGACUGAUCCAGCGGCUGAAGGCAGAGAUUGAGCACGCCAAGGCUCAGCGUGCCAAACUGGAGACUGCAGUGGCCGAGGCCGAGCAGCAGGGUGAGGCGACCCUCAACGACGCCAAAUGCAAGCUGGCAGAUCUGGAGUGUGCCCUGCAGCAGGCCAAGCAGGACAUGGCACGGCAGCUGCGUGAGUACCAGGAGCUGAUGAACGUCAAGCUGGCCCUGGACAUCGAGAUCGCCACCUACAGGCACCUGCUGGAGGGCGAGGAGAGCCGGCUCUGUGACGGUGUUGGACCAGUAAACAUAUCCGUCAGCAGCUCCCGGGGUGGCCUGGUGUGUGGCCCUGAGCCUUUGGUUGCCGGCUCUACCCUCUGCCGUGGCGGAGUCACCUUCUCAACCAGCAGCAGCGUCCGCGCCACCAGCGGAGUCCUGACUUCCUGCGGCCCGAGCCUGGGGGGCGCUCAGGUCUCCCCUGCCACUGGGGACCUGCUGAGCACUGGCACCAGGAGUGGCUCCGUGCUUGUCGGUGAGCCCGGUGCCCUCAGUGUCCCCUGCCCCCUACCUGCAGAGCGGGGCUUCAGCAGCUGCAGUGGCGGCCGCAGCUCCAGCGUCCGCUUGGUGUCCACCACCACCUCCCGCCGGACCAAGUACUGAGAGCCCAGCCCCAGAUCCGCUGCCCAGAGAAGAACCAGCUCCACGGCUCCUGCUUCUGCCCCCAGGGUGUGUGGGCUCUGGGCCUGAGGGUCUCCAGCUCCCCUUCCUGCUGGGAAGCCACCCCUCAGCUCUGCCCCUGCUGUUCUACCCGGCCCCAUGUCCUCUCCGAGGAUUUUUCACCGUGUAGAUGCUCCAUCGGCAGUUCCAGCCAAGCUGAGUUCUCCCUGACUCCCAAUUUCUUUCCUUUGGAUCACGCCUCUCUCUGUCAGCAACAGCAUGGAGAAAUGGCUCAUUCACUGCAGUCACAACCAUCAGUCCGGUGCCCUCACCACCUGUGACUGCUGGUUAAUUUGGAGAACGGAGCUGACUGUCUGCACUGCAGACAUCUUUAAGUCCACAUCCUUCACUUCUUUCCUCUCUCUUCCUUUCCCUGGCAGGAGAAGGUUCUUUCCUUCUCUCUCUGAUUGAUUCAGAGGAUCCCAGUCCUUGGUGGCCCCGGGCUCCCUAAGCCCUGAGGUGGCUCUUCUCCCAGUGCCUUCUGUCCCGCUGUUUCUCUUCCUGGGUGGUUGGUAUAACUCCGGCAUGUGAGUCCACGAGGUGGGGUGCAGGCAGAGAGGUGGGCUCUGCAACGCUCCCCGUCCUCCUGCCCCUGCUCGUGGUGUGAGGCCCAGCCCCGUCCGCUGCAGGGUUGUGUCUGCAAGCCCCAAGGAGGCCUGGGGGCCAGGUUGGGUGGGGUGCCUGUGUGCACUGCUCUUUGUGUUUCUGGGUUUUCAAUAAACUUGCCAA